UGAAGAGAAGUAAGACUUCUUGGUGUCUGUCAGAACAUUUAUUUUAUGUUAAUUACAUGAAACUGUCAAUUAAAUGACCGUCCCCAUUCACAGUCACCAUUAAGAACCAAAAAUCAACCAGGAAAACUCCUUUAAGAAAUUCUAUACAUCAAAACGGCAUGUUCAUUUAACUUACAUACGCAGAAAUGCAGUGUCACCCAGAUGACAAAGUCCACCCAAAAGAUGUCACCAACAUCCAAUUAGGAAAUAUAAAACUGAACACAAUAUUGUCAAAAAUUGAGAAGCACUGUUCACUCGCCUCCUGGAUUAAAGACAACAUCAGGAAGAAAGAGUGCUGCUUUUAUGUGGAGGAUGCCAGGUAUGGGAUUUGUAAGUGUGGGUACCCAAAGAGCCUGCACUGCGAAGAGGCCAUCAAACCAGAGGACUAUCUGGGAGAAGAGUGGGACAAACACAGACAUGUCAGAGAGACACCCACUGAUGCAUUUGGAGAUAUCAGUUUCAGGGGCCUCGGACAAAAAACAGGGAAGUAUGUUCGGGUGUCGUCAGACACCCCGUCUGACCGUCUGUACCAGCUGAUGACAGAUCAGUGGAAACUUCCUCCACCAAACCUGCUGAUAUCAGUGACCGGUGGAGCCAAGAACUUCCACAUGAAGACUCACCUGAAGGACAAGUACCGCGGCCUCAUCAAAGUCGCUCAGACCACAGGUGCUUGGAUCUUGACUGGGGGUACACACACGGGUGUGAUGAAGCACGUGGGAAUGGCCGUGCGAGAUUACACACUCAGCAGCAGCUCAAUGGAGAGACAGAUCGUAGUCGUCGGCAUGGCAACCUGGGGUGUCAUCCACAACCGUCACACACUCGUCGAUCCAAGCGGUUGUUUUCCUGCAUACUACUCUCUGGAUGAGCAGGCAGGGCGCCUCUCCUGUCUCGAUAUCAAUCAUUCUCACUUCCUGUUGGUGGAUGACGGCACUCAGGGACAGUAUGGAGUCGAGAUUGAACUGCGAGCCCGACUGGAGAAACUCAUUUCUCAGCAACCGUUGGGGAACAAAGAGAGUGGAGUGACGAUACCAGUGGUGUGUGUGGUGCUGGAGGGUGGACCAGGAACUCUAAGCGCGAUCUACAACUCCAUGCUGAACAACACGCGCGUGCGUAGUACUAGAGGGUCAGGCCGUCUCGCCGACAUCAUCGCUCAGGUGGCAACCCUGCCUGUGUCAAAGGUCACUCUGGUGCAUAUCGGCCAGCUCAUGAAGAGGUUUUUUGGCCAAGAGUACAAAAGCUUCUCUGAGGUGCAGAUCAUUGAGUGGACCAAGAAGAUUCAGGAUAUAAUCCGGAUGCCACACUUGCUUACUGUGUUUCGUAUCGACGAGGAAAAGAACUGCGACGUUGAUGUUGCCAUCCUACAGGCACUGUUGAAAGCCUCCAGGAGUGAUGAGCAUGGCAGUCGACAGUCCUGGGAGAGACAGCUGGAGCUCGCCGUGGCCUGGAACCGAGUCGACAUCGCAGGCGAGAUAUUCAACGAGGAGAGCCAGUGGGCGUCCAGUGAUCUGCACCCUAUGUUUUCCGCGCUGGUGGGUGACAAGCCUGAGUUUGUGCGCCUCUUACUGGAGAAUGGAGUGUGUGUGCGACAGUUUCUCGAACAUGAGGACACGCUGUGUGAACUGUACGCCCAUCUCCCCGCCUGCUUCUUCCUGCGCAAACUCUUCAAACGUGUCCAGGGUGGCAAAAACCGCAGGGGUCAAUCGAUGCCCCCUGGCAGAAGAAAGAUUUCACUGAGUCACGUGUCAGAAGAGGUUCGACACUUGCUGGGAAGCUUCACUCAACCGUUAUACAUCACUUCGCAGCAGAAGACAGCCACAGACGGUGUUGCAUUAACGUUGCCAUCCAAAGGGCUGGUGGAGCUGCCGUGUUCUGGAGAGGAGUGGUCUGUGGACACGGUUUGGGACCCAGGGCGAGAUCUCUUCCUCUGGGCCAUUGUACAGAAUAACAGGGAACUAGCAGAAAUUGGCUGGGAACAGUGCAGAGAUUGUAUCGCGGCCGCUCUGGCAGCCAGUAAGAUCUUGAGGAAGUUGGCACAGGAGAGUGGAGAAGACGAUACUGAAGAGGCAAAGGACAUGAGCGAACUCGCCAACCACUACGAGAAACAAGCCAUCGGUGUGUUUAGUGAGUGUCACAGUUGGGACUCGCAGCGAGCUCAGAAACUGCUCAUCCGCAUCUCGCCGUCAUGGGGCAGAACCACGUGUCUCUGGCUUGCUCUCGAGGCUGACGAUAAAAGGUUCAUCGCUCACUCAGGAGUUCAGGCUCUGCUCACAAAGAUCUGGUAUGGAGAGUUAUCAGUGGAUAAUCCGCACUGGAAGGUGUUGCUCAGUAUGAUCUUCUUUCCUCUCAUAUACACCGGCUUCCUGUCCUUCAGGCGUGAUGAAGACAUCCAGAAGCAGAACGAGAGGGCGGAGCAGCUGAAACUAGCGAUGGAUUCAAUCUCUGCAGGAAACACAGAUGCCAAACUCAAACGACACUUUCGUGGCCCGUCACAGAACUCUGAACUGGAGCCGCUGAACUGUUCAUCUCGUUUGAUGAGUCUCUUCAUGUCUCCUCAAGUGAAGUUCUACUGGAACAUUGCCUCUUAUUUCGGUUUCCUGUGGCUCUUCGCUGUGGUGCUUAUGAUUGAUUUCCAGCCGUCUCCGUCAUGGAAAGAACUUCUGCUUUAUGUGUGGCUCACCUCACUGGUGUGUGAGGAGGUCAGACAGCUUUAUCAUGACUUUGAUGGAUCUGGUUUUCGGAGGAAAGCGAAAAUGUAUAUAAAGGAUCUGUGGAACAUUUUGGAUGUGCUGUCAAUACUGCUGUUCAUCACUGGUCUGGUCUGCAGACUUCAGGCCUCUGAUACUGUGUUCUAUGUAGGUAAAGUUAUACUGUGCAUCGAUUUCAUCAUCUUCUGCUUGCGAUUAAUGGCCAUCUUCACUAUCAGCCGAACCCUGGGCCCAAAAAUAAUCAUUGUCAGGAGGAUGAUGAUGGAUUUAUUCUUCUUCAUGUUUCUGCUCAGUAUCUGGGUGGUCGCGUACGGUGUGGCCAAACAGGGCAUCUUGAUUCAGAAUGAACAGAGACUGAAUUGGAUCAUUCGUGGAGCAGUCUAUGAACCGUACCUCAUCAUAUUUGGCAACGUCCCCACUAAUAUAGACAACACUCAGUUCGAUAUGGGCAGUUGUAGUGUGAACGGCUCUGAUCCUCUGAAACCCAAAUGCCCCGUACUGAACGCUGAUAACCUGCGCCUUCCUGAAUGGCUCACUAUCAUCAUGCUGUGUGUUUAUCUUCUGUUUGCCAAUAUUCUUCUGCUCAACCUCCUCAUCGCCAUCUUUAACUACACAUUUCAGGAAGUUCAAGACAACACAGACACCAUCUGGAAGUUCCAGCGGUACGAGCUGAUCAAAGAAUAUCACAGCCGGCCCGCUCUUCCUCCUCCCUUCAUCCUUCUCAUUCACAUCAUCCUCUUCAUCAGAGGAGUUCUGCUGCAACACUCUCCACAGAGACACAAACACUUCAGUGACAACUUCGGGCAGACUGAGGAAGAGGAGCUGUUGUCAUGGGAGGCCUUCAUGAAGGACAACUAUCUGGCAUCUUCUCGACAGGACGAGAGUCAGAGUGUGGAGCAUCGAAUCCAGGACACAGCAGAGAAGGUUGGAGCGAUGUCCGAACUUCUGGAGCAGGAACAAGAGAUGGUUUCUGCCAUCAUGGCGAGACGGCUCAGCAAGCUUGAAGAGCAGGUCUCGGAGUCCACCAAAGCUUUGCGCUGGAUUAUAGACGCUUUGAAAUCUCAGGGAUGCAAAUCAAAAAGGGAGCCUCCUUUAAUGGCAGGUAAAAGCUCAGACAGGGAGGAUGAUGAUUCUAGUGGACAGGAGACAGACGAAGACGUGCCCGCUCACAAGUAUGCACGUCAGCUGCAGUAUCCCGGCAGCACUGUCAAACGCUUCCCUGUGCCUGAAGAGAAAGUACCAUGGGAGGCUGACUUCUAUGCGUACCUUCCCGGUUUACAAUCAACAGGGAGGCAGCAACUGGGAAGAGGUCCUCCGAAACGGUGGGCGAUGGCACCGGACAUCGCCUCCUGGCGGACGGCAGUGGCUUCUCUGUCUCCUGGCAAAUGGCAGCAGGCUCUUCCACCUCCUGGCGAACCGCUCCAUUCAGACUUGUCUGUCUUAGACAAAUACAGGAAUCCAGGAGGACGGACUGGGAUACGUGGGAAAGGCGCUUUUAAAUCUCUUGGUCCAAAUCACGUUCUCCACCCAAUCCUCACCAGAUGGCGUGACUCCGCGCUGGAGUUUCUGGCCGUGUGGGAGGAUGCAGAAGAGCGCUGGGCUCUUCCUGGGAGUUCAGCCAAACCUGAUGAGCCUUUACCACAGACUCUGCAGAGGAUUCUGGGUAAAAACAUGUACGAAAGGAUCAAAUCUGAACUGGAGGCUGCUGAACAGGUCUAUAAGGGUUAUGCAGAUGACAGCAAGAACACGGAUAAUGCCUGGGUGGAGACGACUGUCAUCACUGUUCACUUUGACAAACACGGUCAGCUGAUGUCCGAUAUAAACCGCAUUGUUGAGAGCAUGCUGACAUCUCCUCAAUCAUUUCAGUGGCAAGAAGUUAGCAGCAAAAUAUGUGUGUGUCCGUACCAACAGGAGGCUCUGCGUCUCAUAGCGAAGCGUCUCAACACACAAUUUUGACCCUCGGGAAACACACUCACACACACACACACACACACACACACACACACACACACACACACACAGACACACAGACACACACACACUACACCAAAAAUGAUGGGAAUAUUGUCCAGGGUCCUAUGAAGUGUCUGGGGCCCUAUGAAGAGUCUGGAGCCCUAAGAAGUUUCUGGGGUCCUAUGAAGAGUCUGGGGCCCUAUGAAGGUAGCCCCCCCACCCCACCCAUAACAGUUUUAGACCACACAUUACACCAAAGAAUUAUGGGAAUAUUGUCUGGGGCCUUUUGAAGAGUCUGGGGCCCUAUGAAGUUUCUGGGGCCCUAUGAAGUGUCUGGGGCCCUAUGAAGAGUCUGGGGUCCUAUGAAGAGUCUGGGGCCCUAUGAAGUGUCUGGGGCCCUAUGAAGAGAACCCCAUAACAGUUUUAGACCACACAUUACACCAAACAUUAUGGGAAUAUUGUCUGGGGCCUUUUGAAGAGUCUGGGGCCCUAUGAAGAGUCUGGUGCCCUAUGAAUAUUCUGGGGUCCUAUGAAGAGUCUGGAGCCCUAUUAAGAGAGC